AUUCUUAAUUUGAUGAUGCGGCGAUUUGUGAGCGUAUUUGGUAAACAAAAAUGCAAAAUAAUUGGCAUGAUACAUGUGGAUACGUUGCCAGGCACUCCUCGCUAUGCCGGCAACUGGAAUCAGACUAUUGAGAAGGCCAAACACGAGGCGGAGCUGUACAGGAGGCAGCAAAUGGAUGCAGUGCUCAUCGAGAAUAUGCACGAUAUACCCUACGUGCAGGAUCGCCACCUUGGCGCUGAGAUUGUUUCGUGCAUGACGCGACUGUCGCUGGCCGUGCGCGAGAUUCUGCCCAAGCAGACGCCUUGCGGCGUGCAGGUGCUGGCCUGUGGCAACAAGCAGUCGCUGGCCAUAGCCAAGGCCUGCCAGCUGCAGUUCAUACGCGCCGAAGGCUUUGUCUUUGGCCACGUGGCCGAUGAGGGCUACACGGACGCCUGCGCCGGCCAGCUGCUGCGCUAUCGCAGGCAGAUCGAUGCUGAGGAUGUGCUCGUCUUUACGGAUCUGAAGAAGAAGCACAGCUCGCAUGCCAUAACAGCAGACGUCAGCCUGCUGGAAAUGGCUCAUGCGGCGGAAUUCUUUCUCACGGACGGAAUCAUUGUCACGGGCACGGCAACGGGUCAGGCGGCUAGUCCCGCAGAUGUCCAGGAGCUAGCCGGCCAGCUAAAGGUGCCACUCAUAAUAGGCUCGGGCGUAACCAGGGACAACAUAAGUCAAUAUUUCCCAGAUGCACAAGCUGCCAUCAUUGGCUCCCACUUCAAGCGCAACGGCGACUGGCAGCAGGAGAUCGACGAGCGGGCCGUGGACGGAUUCAUGAGCCGAGUUAGAGAGCUGCGAGGCGCGUGCUGAUGUAAAGAGAUUGGCAAAAAAGUCAUAAAUACGCUCGCGUAGCGAUGGGGCUUUGAUAGCCUCUGCAUUGCUUCCACUGCUGGGG